AGUUAGUCUAACUGUGUCAACUCCCAUCAAACUCUCCCACAAAUGUGUCUGCCGUUAUUUUUUAUUUUUUCCUGACAGACUUGGAGGGAAAAGAAGGGGACACGCCUGUGUUUGUCAAGCAGGUGUUUGUGUGUCUACUAGUGUUUCUGUCAUUCACCCACCCCUUUGUUCAUCUACGCUGAAACAGAGGAGCAGCAAACCCUUAAUUCUCUCAGCAGCAGCAACCUCUCUUACUAGCAGGUAACUUUCAGUGCCAGCAUGCAGACCGCAGAAGCCGUGUCAGCAACUAUAUACACUAUUAGGAACUGUACAGUGGAGAUCACCAAUGUUAGCAGCGUUUACUGCCUUAUCAAUCCAAAAGUGUACAUGUCCAGUGGAUUCAGUUACCAUCCACCCCAACCCACCAUCCGCACCGCCAAGACCGAGGUUUGCUCAUUCACUAAAAAUGAGCACACGGCCAACGGGGCUGUGGGCAUCUUGACCUAUGACCUCUUCCACAUGCAGAACCGUAUGUGCACCGAGCGUAUGGCCGUUCUGUUCUCUAUCCCCUUCGACUAUCUCCUAUACAAGAACGUGAUGGGCAUCGGGUUGUUUGAGAGCAGCUGUGGAUGUGACAAGGCCCUGUACAAGCACAUGUAUGAGGGGAAGGACUUCAGUCGGUUUUUCACCCGUGCAGAUGUGGGGGGAACUGGAAUCAUCCACAGUGGAAAUCAAAUAGACUUAAGGGCCACCAUGUCUACUGUGGGAAAAAGCAUUAUUAAGCUAGAGGUCUAUGACAAGAUGGGCUAAACAAUAAACUAAUUUUGUCUGACAGUAACAGUACACAUAUGAUUAAAAAACUUUUUCCUUAUACUUUUUAUCAUCUUAAACACCAUACGCAUAUUAAACGUCAUAAUGCACAUGCCAUUGUGCUUUCAAAUGUUGAUGCAACUUUUUGAUGUCUGUAUUAAUGCCUGCAUUCAUGCUGCCCAGAUUUCUGAUUGUAAAUCUCAAAAUGUGUCUAAAUAAAAAGACUGUUUUGAAUA